UUGCUGCUGGCGGAACCAAAGACUAUAGCGGAACACAUCAGUCAUGUUUGUAUCGUGUAGUUAGCGCCACUGUUCUGUAGCUACAUUAUUAGCUCACGUAAAUGCACCAGUUUCUAGCCAGGCUGUUCUCAUCUCUCUGUAAUCAUGAACAGGACGCCGCUGAAACGGUUUGGCAUCUUGAAGAUGGCUCUGACUGGCUUGGAAACGAUGGACCAGGACGAGCAAGGAGAGACAUUCAUAUUCCGAGCUGUUAGAAUAGCAGCUGUUGUUGCACUAUACUGGUUUGUUUCAAUAACUAUGGUGUUCCUUAACAAUUAUUUGCUGGACAACCGAGAACUGGAUGCGCCGUUGUUUGUCACUUUUUAUCAGUGUGUGGUGACAGUUGGGCUCUGCUGGCUCAUGCAGCUGCUGUCCAGAUUGUGUCCGGGGCUCAUCGACUUCCCGUCGGUCAGAUUCGACGUGAAGACGUCUCGAGAGGUCCUGCCGCUGUCCAUUGUGUUCAUCAGCAUGAUCACCUUCAACAACAUGUGCCUGAAAUAUGUCGGAGUAGCCUUUUACACAGUGGGCCGUUCACUCAGCACCGUUUUUAAUGUGCUGUUAUCGUAUGUUAUCCUGAAACAAACCACAUCUUUCCAAGCCUUACUGUGCUGUGGGAUAAUAUUAGGUGGAUUCUGGCUUGGUGUGGACCAGGAAGGCAUGGCAGGGUCCCUCUCCUGGUCAGGUGUCUUUUUUGGGGUACUUGCCAGCGCUUGUGUCUCUCUCAAUGCCAUCUACACCAAGAAGGUGAUGCCAGCAGUGGAUGGAAACAUCUGGAAGCUGUCCUACUACAACAACAUCAAUGCCUGUGUCCUCUUCCUACCGCUCAUUCUCGUGUUUGGAGAGCUGGGUCGUGUCGUCAGCUUCAGCCGCCUCACUGACCUCGGGUUUUGGGGUAUGAUGACACUAGGAGGAGUGUUUGGUUUCGCCAUCGGCUACGUCACAGGCCUCCAGAUCAAGUAUACCAGUCCACUCACACACAAUGUCUCAGGGACAGCAAAAGCCUGUGCACAGACUGUUAUUGCAGUAGUGUACAAUUCCUCUAGUAAAACCCUGCUGUGGUGGACCAGUAAUAUGAUGGUUCUUGGUGGCUCUUCAGCCUACACUUGGGUCAAAAGUCUAGAAAUGAAGAAGACUCCCCGCAAAGACCCACAGGAUUCAGCCAAGGAAAAACUGCUGUCAGGGGAGAAAGGCAACAUGGGAGUGUAACCACUCAGGCUUUUAUCCAUGUGGCAUGAGAAUGUGAAAUAAUGUAACAUUAAGAAAUGACUGAGUGAGAAAUUUGUGUGUGUGUGUGUAUAUAUAUAUAUAUAUAUAUAUAUAUAUAUAUAAAGCUUCAAAAUAAUUUGAGGCAUUUUAUAAUUAUUUUUAAAUGAUAUGACUGAGAAAUAUAAUAAUGUGGCUUUUUAUGGUCUAGUCUACAGGUGAGGGAAAGUGAAGUUUUUAUUCAUUGGGGGGGGGUUAAGGUAUUUACUCAGUUUGAAGGUGUUAGCAUCAUGUUAAAAUAGAAACUUUUCUAUACCUCUUGUUUAAGUCUGAUUAUGAUAUUUUUAUGAGAGGGGAUGUUAAACCUGCAAAUCGCUGCCAUUUUCUAUGAAAGUAUGUCACUGUCAAUGUUUUAUGUGCAGCCUUUGGCUAGGAACUUAUCUGUCAUCUCAAACAUGAACAAAGCCUCAGGAUACCUGUAAUGUCCUGCAGUUUAUUGAGGGUACAACAGACAAGGUAAUCAGAAACCUCUUGUCAGUGGGACUAACAUACAAUACAAUAGGCCUUUUACUUUCAAAGAAAACAGGACUCCAGCAUUUUGAAGUGUUGAGGUCACAAACGUGUGCAUUAUUUGCUACAGCGCACCAUAUCUCUGGGUCAAACUUUGUAAAGUAAGGCAGUGACGUUAGAUUUAUGGAAAAUAUUUGCAUUUGCAGGACCCUUUUAGAAUAUUUCCUUACAGGUUUCAUGUUUCAUGUGUUAUGGCUGAAGUAGGACUUACAUGUCACAGCAGUGAACAAUUGCAGCACAGGUGAGAAUUCUUUGUUUGCACCUGUCCAUCACUCCUAAUGUUUGAGGAAAUCAUUGUUGUCAAAACUAGCUUUUUAAAAUGUCUUUUAAGUCUGUGUAACAUUUCAGUUUAACAGAUACUGAUGAUGUGCAAUGCAUUUGUUUUCUUAUCUGAAGUGAAGGUUGUUCUUUAUGGUUUCACAAUUAAAUAAUGAAAUUAGAAGUUUUA